AUGGGGCCUUAUGAUCAGCUAAAGGAGGAGGCUAAGUCCGCAGCCGUGGUGGCCGACGGGCGACAGGCCGGGCUUAGUUACAUCUGGUAUUCCCAGAUCUGUGCGCAGGGUGUUAGAGCAGCAAUGAAGCCUCAGUACAAGGCAGAGGCAAAGAGGGCAGCAAUGGCCACUGUGAAGACUGUGAAACCCAAAAAGGAAUAA